UUCACCUGCCGGGAGAGACGCUCUGAACCCGCGGCGAAUCAUGACGGACGGCGGAGAAGCCGAAGAUGAGAUCCAGUUCUUACGAACCGAUGAUGAGGUGGUGUUACAAUGUUCAGCGAUGGUUCACAAGGAGCAGCAGAAACUCUGUCUGGCUGCUGAAGGGUUUGGAAACAGACUGUGUUUCCUGGAGUCCACAUCCAACUCAAAGAAUGUUCCUCCGGAUCUGUCCAUAUGCACGUUUGUGCUGGAGCAGUCGCUGUCGGUACGAGCGUUGCAGGAGAUGCUCGCGAACACAGAGGAGCGAGUGGAGGGGCUCAUAGACAUGGAGAAAUGGACGGCACAGGGCGGAGGUCACCGGACACUUCUGUACGGUCACGCGAUCUUACUACGACACUCCUACAGUGGAAUGUAUCUGUGCUGUCUGUCCACGGCUCGCUCGUCCACAGAUAAACUGGCGUUUGAUGUGGGGCUUCAAGAAGACACGACAGGUGAGGCGUGCUGGUGGACCAUACAUCCCGCGUCCAAACAGAGGUCAGAGGGCGAGAAAGUGCGAGUGGGCGAUGACCUCAUCCUUGUCAGUGUGUCGUCUGAACGAUACCUGCACUUGUCGUACGGUAACGACAGUUUACACGUGGAUGCAGCAUUUCAACAGACGCUCUGGAGUGUCGCGCCGAUCUGCUCUGGUAGUGAAGUGGCUCAAGGGUUCCUGAUUGGUGGAGAUGUUCUACGGCUUCUUCAUGGUCACAUGGACGAGUGCCUGACCGUCCCGUCAGGAGAACAUGGAGAGGAACACCGCAGGGCGGUGCAUUACGAAGGAGGAGCCGUGUCCAUCCAUGCGAGAUCUCUCUGGAGACUGGAGACACUGCGAGUGGCGUGGAGCGGUAGUCAUACUCGCUGGGGUCAGCCGUUCCGGUUGCGUCAUGUGACCACAGGGAAAUAUCUGAGCAUGAUGGAUGAUCAAGGGCUGCUGCUAAUGGACAAAGAGAAAGCAGACGUCAAAUCAACGGCUUUCUGCUUCCGUUCCUCGAAAGAGAAGCUGGAUUGUGGUCAGAGGAAGGAAGUGGAUGGAAUGGGUGUUCCGGAUAUCAAAUAUGGCGACUCUGUGUGCUACAUCCAGCAUGUGGACACUGGACUCUGGCUCACCUACCAAUCAGUGGAUGCCAAGUGUGCCCGCAUGGGCGGAGUCCAGAGAAAGGCCAUCAUGCAUCAUGAAGGUCACAUGGAUGAUGGAUUAACAUUGUCACGAUCACAACACGAGGAGUCGCACACAGCUAGAGUCAUACGCAGCACUGUCUUCCUCUUUAACCGCUUUAUCAGAGGUCUGGAUGCUCUGAGUAAAAAAGGCAAAACCUCCACACUUGAUCUACCGAUCGAAUCGGUCAGUCUGAGUCUUCAGGAUCUGAUUGGCUACUUCCAGCCACCUGACGAGCACCUGGAGCACGAGGACAAACAGAACCGCCUGCGAGCGCUCAAGAGCCGACAGAACCUGUUCCAGGAGGAGGGAAUGAUAAACCUGGUGCUGGAGUGUAUCGAUCGUUUACAUGUGUACAGCAGCGCGGCUCAUUUUGCCGACGUGGCCGGGAAGGAAGCGGGAGAAUCCUGGAAAUCCAUCCUGAACUCCCUGUACGAGCUCCUGGCUGCUCUGAUCAGAGGAAACAGGAAGAAUUGUGCCCAGUUUUCUGGCUCUCUGGAUUGGCUUAUCAGUCGUCUGGAGAGGUUGGAAGCCUCAUCUGGAAUUCUGGAAGUUCUUCAUUGUGUUCUGGUGGAGAGUCCAGAAGCUCUGAACAUCAUCAAAGAGGGCCAUAUCAAAUCCAUCAUCUCUUUACUGGACAAACACGGACGCAACCACAAGGUUCUGGAUGUGUUAUGUUCUCUCUGUGUGUGUCAUGGUGUGGCAGUUCGCUCUAAUCAGCACCUGAUCUGUGAUAACUUGCUGCCAGGGAGAGACCUGCUGCUGCAGACACGACUUGUCAAUCACGUCAGCAGUAUGAGGCCUAAUAUCUUCCUGGGUGUGAGUGAAGGCUCCGCCCAGUACAGGAAGUGGUAUUAUGAGCUCAUAGUGGAUCACGUGGUUCCGUUUGUUACGGCUGAGGCCACACACCUGCGGGUGGGCUGGGCGUCCACACAGGGCUACUGUCCUUACCCGGGCGGAGGAGAAGGAUGGGGGGGCAAUGGUGUAGGGGACGACCUUUACUCUUAUGGCUUUGAUGGGCUACACCUGUGGGCAGGUUGCGUGGCACGGUCGGUGAGCUCACCCAAUCAGCACCUGCUGCGGGCAGAGGACGUGGUGAGCUGCUGUCUAGAUCUGAGCGCUCCGAGCAUCUCAUUCCGUAUCAACGGCCAGCCCGUCCAGGGAAUGUUUGAGAACUUUAAUUCAGAUGGACUCUUUUUCCCCGUCGUGUCCUUCUCUGCUGGAGUCAAAGUGCGCUACCUGCUGGGCGGUCGCCACGGAGAGUUCAAGUUCCUUCCGCCUUCCGGUUACGCUCCGUGUUUUGAGGCCGUUUUACCACGAGAAAAACUGCGAGUGGAACACAGUCAAGAGUAUAAACAUGAUCACGGAAAAACACGUGACCUUCUGGGACCCACGAUCACACUGUCACAAGCUGCCUUCACACCAACACCUGUAGAUACCAGUCAGAUCAUCUUGCCACCACAUCUUGAGCGAAUCCGAGAGAAACUGGCUGAAAACAUCCAUGAGCUGUGGGUGAUGAACAAGAUUGAGCUUGGAUGGACCUACGGGACGGUAAGAGACGAUAAUAAGCGACAGCAUCCGUGUCUGGUGGAGUUCUCUAAACUUCCUGAACAAGAGCGCAGCUACAAUCUACAGAUGUCUCAGGAGACGUUGAAAACUCUACUGGCUCUCGGCUGUCAUGUCGGUGUGGCAGAUGAACGAGCGGCCGAGAAAGUCAAAAAUCUGAAACUUUCUGCCAAAUACGAGCUCUCCAGCAGUUAUAAACCUGCACCGAUGGAUCUGAACCACAUCAAACUGGCAUCUGCUCAAGAGGCCAUGGUGGACAAACUGGCUGAGAACGCUCAUAAUGUUUGGGCUAGAGAUCGCAUCCGUCAGGGCUGGACCUACGGGAUACAGCAGGACAUUAAGAGCAGGAGGAAUCCUCGUCUGGUUCCUUACGCUCUUCUGGAUGAGAGAACGAAGAAAUCAAACAAGGACAGUCUGCGGGAAGCCGUGAGGACGUUAUUGGGUUAUGGCUACAAUCUAGAAGCCCCCGAUCAAGAUCACGAUCGGUCAGACAUCAAUAAUCUCUCCGCUGAGCGCUUCCGGAUUUACAGAGCGGAGAAGACGUACAGCGUGAACGGAGGAAAGUGGUACUUUGAGUUUGAGGUGGUGACGUCGGGCGAGAUGCGGGUGGGCUGGGCGAGACCUGGGUGCCUGCCGGACCAGGAGCUGGGAUCAGACGAACAGGCCUUCGUCUUUGAUGGAUUCAAGGCUCAGCGCUGGCACCAGGGUAACGAGCACUUUGGCCGUUCGUGGCAGUGUGGUGAUGUCGUGGGCUGUAUGGUGGACAUGAAUGAACGCACUAUGAUGUUCACGCUCAACGGCGAAGUGCUGCUCGAUGACUCAGGCUCUGAACUCGCCUUCAAAGACUUUGAGGUUUGGGAAGGUUUCAUCCCCGUGUGUAGUCUGGGCGUGUGUCAGGUCGGGCGUAUGAACUUCGGUAAGGACGUGAGCACUCUGAAGUAUUUCACCAUCUGCGGUCUGCAAGAGGGGUACGAACCCUUCGCCGUCAACAUGAACCGAGAGCUGACCAUGUGGAUCAGUAAACGACUGCCGCAGUUUAUUCCCGUGCCACCCAACCACGAGCACAUAGAGGUCACACGGAUCGAUGGGACAGUGGAGAGCCCUCCGUGCCUAAAGGUCACCCAGAGGUCAUUCGGGUCACAGAACAGCAGCACAGACAUCAUGUUCUUUCGACUGAGCAUGCCCAUCGAGUGCUCAGAGGCGUUCGUCAGAUCUCCCAGCGGGAUGUUAGCGACCAACGGCAGUUUCUUCUCUCCAAAGAAGGAUCUGGAUGAUUUUGAGACGGUGUCAGACUUUGAGGUUCUGAUGAAGAGUUCACACAGUCACAUGAGUGCAAACGGGCCGGAGAGAGAACGAGACGAAUUCAACAACCAUAAAGAUCAUAAUCAAGAGAAACCAUCGAAAAUCAAACAAAGGUUCAUGUUGAAGAGAACGAAGCCAGACAUGAACAGCAGUAACUCCAGCGCUCGUUUAUCAGAGGAAGUUUUGGCUGAUGAGAGAGAUGAUUGUGAGAAUCUCAUACAAACAUCAACGUAUUUCUACUCGGUGAGGAUAUUCCCUGGUCAGGAGCCGUCCAGCGUUUGGGUCGGGUGGGUGACCUCUGACUUUCAUCAGCACGAUCCAGCCUUUGAACUCAACAUGGUCAGAGUAGUCACCGUUACCCUGGGAGACGAGAAGGGCAAAGUUCAUGAGAGUAUUAAACGCAGUAACUGCUACAUGGUUUGGGGGGGUGAGAGCAGCAGUCCCAGUCAGGGUCGCAAUAAUAACGGACUGGAAAUCGGAUGUUUGGUGGAUACAGCCAACGGCCUCCUCACGUUCACAUCCAAUGGCAAAGAGCUUAGUACAUACUAUCAGGUGGAGCCCAGCACGAAACUUUUCCCCGCAGUGUUUGCACAGGCCACAAGUCCAAACGUCUUCCAGUUCGAACUGGGACGCAUCAAGAGCGUGAUGCCUCUUUCCGCUGGGCUGUUUAAAAGCGAGCGGAAGAACGCCAUCCCUCAGUGUCCGCCGCGGUUACAUGUGCAGUUCCUCACGCCUGUGUUAUGGAGUCGUGUGCCCAAUCAGUUCCUGAGGUCAGAGGUCACCAGGGUCAGUGAGAGACUCGGCUGGAUGGUUCAGAGUUCAGAACCCCUGCAGUUCAUGACCUUACAUAUACCUGAAGAGAACAGGUCGCUGGAUAUUCUUGAGUUGACGGAGCAGCAAGACCUGCUGAAGUUUCACUAUCACACGCUGCGUUUAUAUUCUGCGAUCUGUGCUUUGGGGAACAACCGCGUUGCUCACGCACUCUGCAGUCACGUAGAUGAGGCGCAGCUGCUGUACGCCAUCCAGAACAAAUACAUGCCGGGCCUUCUGCGCACUGGAUACUACGACCUGCUCAUCGACAUCCACCUGAGCGGUUACGCCACGGCCAGGCUCAUGAUGAACUCUGAGUACAUCGUUCCCAUGACGCCUGAGACCAAAAGCAUCACGCUGUUUCCCAACGAGAAGAAGAAACACGGGCUGCCCGGAAUCGGACUGAGUACAUCACUACAACCGCGCAUGCGCUUUUCAUCCCCAAGCUUUGUGGGGGCUGUUGGUGGUAACCACGGCAGCGGUGCGGUCGCCGGGGGUGACUGUUUCCAGUACAGCCCGGAGUUUCCGUUGGAGACGCUGAAGAGUCGCACGAUGGAGAUGCUGACGGAAGCGGUGCGCGAGGGUAGUCUACAUGUGCGUGAUCCUGUAGGUGGCAGCACUGAGUUCCUGUUUGUUCCACUCAUAAAACUCUUCUACACACUUCUUAUCAUGGGCAUCUUUCAUAACGGAGAUCUGAAGACCAUCCUGCAGCUGAUCGAGCCCAGCGUGUUUUCUCAGGACUCUGGGGCUGAGAGCGGCCCCGGGACCCCAGAGGCAGAGGAGAGCUGUGGGCGGGGCCGAUUAGAGGAGGGCGGAGCCGACGAACACAGUCUGAGAGGAAAGAUGCCCAAAGAAGGACUGUUACAGAUGAAACUUCCUGAACCUGUCAAACUUCAGAUGUGUCACCUGCUUCAGUAUCUAUGUGACUGUCAGGUGCGUCAUCGUAUCGAGGCAGUGGUCGCGUUCUCUGAUGACUUUGUGGCGAAUCUUCAGGAUAAUCAGCGUUUCCGCUAUAAUGAAGUGAUGCAGGCGUUAAACAUGUCAGCCGCGCUCACUGCACGCAAAACCAAAGAGUUUCGCUCGCCGCCACAGGAACAGAUCAACAUGCUGCUGAAUUUUAAGGAUGAGAAGCAGGAUUGUCCGUGUCCUGUAGACAUCAGAGAACAACUGCUGGAGUUUCAUGAAGAUCUCAUGACUCAUUGUGGCAUUGAGGCAGAUGAUGAUAAAUCAGAUGACAGUGAUUUCACCAUCAGAGGUCGUCUGAUGUCACUGGUGGAGAAGGUGACGUACCUGAAGAAGAAAAUGGCUGAUUUACCAAAGAAAAAGAAACUGAAGAAGCCGAGCACUCUGCAGCAGCUGAUAUCGGAGACGAUGGUCCGGUGGGCUCAGGAAUCAGUCAUCGAGGACCCUGAGCUUGUUCGUGCGAUGUUUGUGUUACUUCACCGUCAGUACGAUGGUAUCGGUGGACAGGUGCGAGCGCUGCCUAAAACUUACACCAUCAACGCCGUGUCUGUGGAGGACACCAUUAACCUGCUGGCGUCUCUGGGUCAGAUCAGAUCGCUGCUCAGCGUCAGGAUGGGUCGAGAGGAAGAGAAACUCAUGAUUCACGGACUCAGUGACAUCAUGAAUAAUAAGGUGUUUUAUCAGCAUCCAAACCUGAUGCGAGCGCUUGGCAUGCACGAGACAGUGAUGGAGGUGAUGGUGAAUGUGCUGGGAGGAGGAGAAACCAAAGAAAUCACAUUUCCUAAGAUGGUGGCGAACUGCUGUCGUUUCCUGUGUUACUUCUGUCGCAUCAGUCGUCAGAAUCAGAAGGCCAUGUUUGAUCAUCUGAGCUAUCUGCUGGAGAACAGUAGCGUGGGACUCGCGUCUCCCUCCAUGCGAGGUUCGACUCCUCUGGAUGUUGCUGCUGCAUCAGUGAUGGACAAUAAUGAACUGGCGCUUGCACUGAGAGAACCCGACCUGGAGAAGGUGGUCCAGUAUCUAGCGGGUUGUGGUCUUCAGAGUUGUGUGAUGCUCAUGUCUAAAGGUUAUCCAGACAUUGGCUGGAACCCGGUAGAGGGAGAGCGAUACCUCGACUUCCUGAGAUUUGCAGUCUUCUGUAAUGGAGAGAGUGUAGAGGAGAAUGCUAAUGUGGUGGUACGGCUCUUGAUUCGACGGCCGGAGUGUUUUGGUCCCGCCCUGCGCGGUGAGGGCGGGAACGGACUGCUGGCGGCGAUGGAGGAGGCCAUAAAGAUCUCAGAAGAUCCCAGUAGAGACGGACCAUCACCCACCACAGAGGAGAACAGAACACUUAAUGAUGUCAUUGAGGAAGAGGAGGAAGAUGACACCAUUCACAUGGGAAAUGCCAUCAUGACCUUCUACGCUGCACUGAUCGACCUGUUGGGCCGCUGCGCUCCAGAGAUGCACCUGAUCCACGCGGGCAAGGGAGAGGCCAUCCGUAUCCGAGCCAUCUUGAGAUCUCUCAUUCCCAUUGAAGAUCUGGUCGGUGUGAUCAGUAUUCCAUUCCUGAUGCCCACUUUAGCGAAAGACGGGUCUGUGAUCGAGCCGGACAUGUCCGGAGGCUUCUGUCCGGAUCAUAAAGCCGCCAUGGUUCUGUUUCUGGACCGAGUUUACGGCAUCGAGGAUCAGAACUUCCUGCUACAUCUGCUGGAGGUGGGCUUCCUGCCCGACCUCAGAGCUGCCGCCUCAUUGGACACGGCUGCCCUGAGCGCUACAGACAUGGCGUUGGCUCUGAACCGGUAUCUGUGUACGGCCGUUCUGCCGCUGCUGACUAAAUGUGCUCCUCUGUGUGCGGGGACGGAGCCAUUUGCGUCUCUCAUCGACUCUCUGCUGCACACCGUCUACAGACUGUCGAAAGGCUGCUGUCUCACCAAAGCACAGAGAGAUGUUAUAGAGGAGUGUCUGCUCGCUGUGUGCGGUAAACUACGGCCUUCUAUGAUGCAGCAUCUACUGCGGCGUCUGGUGUUUGAUGUUCCUGUGCUGAAUGAACACACAAAGAUGCCUCUGAAGCUCUUGACCAAUCACUAUGAGCGCUGCUGGAAGUAUUACUGUCUGUCCAGCGGGUGGGGCAGUUUUGGUGCAGCGUCAGAUGAGGAGCUUCACCUCUCCAGAAAACUCUUCUGGGGAAUCUUUGACGCUCUGGCCAGAAAGAAAUAUGAUGUGGAGUUGUUUAAGUUGGCUUUGCCAUGUCUGAGCGCGGUGGGCGGAGCUUUACCUCCUGAUUACAUGGAGUCAAACUAUGUGGCUAUAAUGGAGAAACAGUCAUCGAUGGACGCCGAAGGAAACUUCAACCCUCAGCCAGCCGACACCAGCAGCAUUGUGGUUCCCGAGAAACUCGAUCAUUUCAUCAAUAAAUAUGCAGAAUAUUCUCAUGAGAAAUGGUCAAUGGAGAAGUUUGUUGUUGGUUGGGUUCAUGGAGAUCAGAUGUGUGAAUCAUCUAAAGUUCAUCCUCUGCUGAAGCCCUACAAAUGUCUCUCUGAGAAGGAUAAGGAGGUUUACCGCUGGCCAAUCAGAGAGAGUCUAAAGACGAUGUUGUCGUGGGAAUGGAGCAUCGAGAGGACGAGAGAGAGCGACGCAUCCACAUUACAAAACCGCACGCGCAGAAUAUCUCUAUCCAGUCAGCGGUCUAUAGAGGGCGCUCACGGGUUCAGCCCGCGGCCUGUUGACAUGAGCAACGUCACGCUGUCCAGAGACCUGCAUUCAAUGGCCGAGCUGCUGGCGGAGAACUAUCACAACAUCUGGGCUCAGAAGAAAAAACUGGAGCUGGAAUCUAAAGGUGGGGGGAGUCAUCCGUUACUGGUUCCUUACGACACUUUAACUGCCAAAGAGAAAUCCAAAGAUCGAGAAAAAGCACAAGACAUCCUUAAAUUCUUUCAGAUCAACGGAUACACUGUGUCAAGGGCUAUGAAAGAACAAGAUCUGGACACUCCGUCUAUAGAGAAGCGUUUUGCAUAUACAUUUCUGCAGCAGUUGAUCGCGUAUGUGGAUGAAGCUCAUGAACACAUGCUGGAGAUCGAUGUUGGAAUACGGUCUAAAGGGGAGAAAAUCCCUCAUGAGCAGCAGGUCAAAUUCUUUGGAAAGGUUGUGUUGCCUCUGGUGGAUCAAUACUUUAAGAACCAUCGGCUCUACUUCCUGUCUACUGCUGUUCGUCCAAUCAGCAGCGGCGGUCACGCCUCCAAUAAAGAGAAGGAGAUGGUGACCAGUCUUUUCUGCAAACUGGGAGUUCUGGUCAGACACAGGAUAUCUCUGUUUGGGAAUGAUGCCACCUCCAUAGUGAACUGUCUACACAUACUGGGUCAGACACUGGACGCCAGGACCGUGAUGAAAACAGGUCAGGACUCUGUCAAAGCGGCUCUGCGGGCGUUUUUUGAUAAUGCAGCAGAAGAUCUGGAGAAGACGAUGGAGAACCUGCGACAGGGUCAGUUCACGCACACGCGGACGCAACCGAAAGGCGUCACACAGAUCAUAAACUACACGACCGUCGCACUGCUGCCCGUUCUCUCCUCGCUGUUUGAACACAUCGGACAAAACCUGUUUGGAGAAGACCUGAUUUUGGAUGACGUCCAGGUGUCCUGUUAUCGGAUUUUAAACAGUUUGUACUCACUUGGAACCAGUAAAAGUAUUUAUGUCGAGAGGCAAAGACCCGCUCUGGGUGAGUGUCUGGCCGCGUUCUCGGGUGCAUUUCCUGUGGCUUUCCUGGAGCCCAGUCUGAAUAAACACAACACUUACUCUAUAUACAACUGCAAAAGCUCCAGAGAGAGAGCAGUGCUAGGUCUACCUACUCAGGUGGAGGAGGUGUGUGCACUGGUGCCAUCUCUGGAGCGGGCUCUCGAGGAGAUCAUGGAGCUGGCGGAGUCUGGCAUGCGUUACACACAGAUGCCUCACGUGAUGGAGGUCCUGCUGCCGAUGCUCUGCAGUUACAUGUCGCACUGGUGGGAACACGGACCUGAGAGCAACCCGGAGCGAUCGGAGAGCUGCUGCACAUCUCUGACCUCUGACCACAUGAACACACUGCUGGGAAACAUCCUCAAAAUAAUUUACAACAACCUGGGCAUCGAUGAAGGAGCCUGGAUGAAGAGACUCGCAGUGUUUUCUCAACCCAUCAUCGGUAAAGCAAAGUCUCAGCUGCUGAAGACUCACUUCCUGCCUCUGAUGGAGAAGCUGAAGAAGAAAGCAGCGACGGUUCUUCAGGAUGAGGAGCACAUGAAGGCUGAGGGUCGAGGAGAGAUGUCUGAAUCAGAACUUCUCAUCCUGGACGAGUUCACCAUCCUCGUGAGAGAUCUGUACGCGUUCUACCCACUGCUCAUUCGAUUCGUCGAUUACAACAGGGCAAUAUGGUUGAAAGAACCGAAUCAAGAGGCUGAGGAAUUAUUUCGUAUGGUGGCAGAAGUCUUUAUAUUCUGGGCCAAAUCACACAACUUCAAGAGAGAGGAGCAGAACUUUGUAGUUCAGAAUGAAAUCAACAACAUGUCCUUCCUCAUCACUGACACCAAAUCAAAAAUGUCUAAGGGUGCAGUAUCAGACCAGGAGAGGAAAAAGAUGAAGAAACGCGGCGAUCGAUACUCACUUCAGACGUCACUGAUCGUUGCCGCUCUCAAGAGGUUACUUCCUGUCGGGUUGAAUAUCUGUGCGCCGGGAGAUCAGGAGCUGAUCGCACUCGCCAAGAGCCGCUUCACACAGAAAGACACUGAAGAUGAGGUGCGAGAGACCGUCAGGAAUAACCUCCACCUGCAGGGGAAGUUGGAGGAUCCUGCUAUCCGCUGGCAGAUGGCGCUCUAUAAAGACAUGCCCAACCGCACCGAAGACACCUCUGAUCCUAAUAAGACUGUCGAAAGAGUGCUGAACAUCGCUCAUGUGCUCUUCCACCUGGAUCAGGUUGAACAUCCUCAGAGGAGUAAAAAAGCCGUGUGGCACAAGCUUCUGUCCAAACAGAGGAAGAGAGCCGUGGUGGCCUGCUUCAGGAUGGCACCUCUUUACAACCUGCCCAGGCAUCGUGCAGUAAACCUGUUCCUGCAGGGUUAUGAGAAGUCCUGGAUCGAGACAGAGGAACAUUAUUUUGAAGACAAACUGAUAGAGGAUUUGGCUAAACCAGGUGGAGAAGAGCCGUCAGAGGAGGACGAGACCACCAAACGCAUCGAUCCGUUACACCAGCUCAUACAACUGUUCAGCAGAACCGCACUGACAGAGAAAUGUAAACUAGAGGAAGAUCAUCUCUACAUGGCCUACGCUGAUAUUAUGGCCAAGAGUUGUCAUGAUGAAGAGGAAGAGGAUGAGGAAGAGGUCAAGAGUUUUGAGGAGAAAGAGAUGGAGAAGCAGAAGUUGUUGUAUCAGCAGGCAAGACUUCAUGACCGCGGAGCCGCUGAGAUGGUGCUGCAGACCAUCAGCGCCAGCAAAGGUGAGAUGGGGCCGAUGGUGGCCUCUACACUGAAGUUGGGCAUCGCUAUACUCAAUGGAGGAAACUCAACUGUACAGCAGAAAAUGCUGGACUACCUGAAAGACAAAAGAGACGUGGGAUUCUUUCAGAGUCUAGCUGGACUGAUGCAGUCGUGCAGUGUUUUGGAUCUGAAUGCAUUUGAGAGACAGAAUAAAGCUGAAGGUCUCGGUAUGGUGACAGAGGAAGGAUCAGGUGAAAAGGUCAUGCAAGAUGACGAAUUCACCUGUGACCUCUUCCGCUUCCUACAGCUGCUCUGUGAGGGUCACAACUCAGAUUUUCAGAACUACCUGAGAACACAGACGGGUAACAACACAACGGUCAACAUCAUCAUCUCUACAGUGGAUUACCUGCUCAGAGUCCAGGAGUCGAUCAGUGAUUUCUACUGGUAUUAUUCUGGUAAAGAUGUGAUUGAUGAACAAGGCCAGCGGAAUUUCUCCAAAGCCAUUAAUGUAGCCAAACAAGUCUUCAACACUCUCACAGAGUACAUUCAGGGCCCUUGCACGGGGAACCAGCAGAGUCUUGCUCACAGUCGUUUGUGGGAUGCAGUUGUUGGUUUCCUGCAUGUUUUUGCACAUAUGCAGAUGAAGCUGUCUCAGGAUUCGAGCCAGAUCGAGCUGUUGAAGGAGCUGAUGGAUCUUCAGAAGGACAUGGUUGUGAUGCUCUUGUCCAUGUUGGAGGGAAAUGUUGUGAAUGGCACAAUUGGAAAGCAGAUGGUGGACAUGUUAGUGGAGUCCUCCAACAAUGUCGAGAUGAUUCUCAAGUUCUUUGACAUGUUCCUCAAACUGAAGGACUUGACAUCGUCAGAUGCCUUCAAAGAGUACGACCCUGAUGGGAAGGGAGUCAUAUCCAAGAGGGAUUUCCAUAAGGCCAUGGAGAGCCAUAAACACUACACCCAAUCCGAAACGGAGUUCCUCCUUUCCUGCGCAGAAACAGAUGAAAACGAGCUCUUGGACUAUGAAGAGUUUGUCGAACGCUUCCACGAGCCGGCGAAGGACAUCGGCUUCAAUGUUGCUGUUCUCCUGACCAAUCUCUCUGAACAUAUGCCCCACGAUUCUCGCCUCCAAACCUUCCUGGAGCUUGCAGAGAGCGUUCUGAACUAUUUCCAGCCAUAUCUGGGCCGCAUCGAGAUCAUGGGCAGUGCCAAGCGGAUUGAGCGCGUGUACUUCGAGAUUAGCGAGUCGAGUCGCACCCAGUGGGAGAAGCCGCAGGUCAAGGAGUCCAAACGGCAGUUCAUCUUUGAUGUUGUAAACGAGGGUGGUGAGAAAGAGAAAAUGGAGCUUUUCGUGAACUUUUGUGAGGACACCAUCUUUGAGAUGCAGCUGGCUGCGCAGAUGUCGGACGCCGGCGAGCGCUCGGCUAGCAAAGAGGACAGCGAGAGGGAAAAGCCAGAAGAGGAGAACACUGAGAUGGGUUUCUUCUCUGUCACCACUGUACGGACAGCCCUAUUUGCCCUACGAUACAACGUGAUUCUUCUGAUGAGGGUGCUUUCCAUGAAGAGCCUGAAGAAGCAGGUGAAGAAAGCGAAGAAGAUGACAGUUAAGGACAUGGUGACCACGCUCGUGUCCUUCUACUGGAGCGUCCUGCUGGGUCUGCUGCACUUCGCCUUCAGCGUCGCUCGAGGAUUCUUCCGAAUCAUCUACAACAGCUUUUUAGGAGGGAGUCUGGUGGAGGGAGCCAAGACCAUGAAGGUGUCCGAGCUCCUGGCCAACAUGCCCGACCCAACACAGGACGAAGUGAGAGGAGAGACGGAAGAGGGCGAGAAGAAGCUUGUGGACAGAACCUCACCAGAGGAAGAUCUGGCUGAUCUGACGGUGGCCACAGACGACACUGAUCUUCUGUCUGAUAUAUUUGGUUUGGAUCUGAAGAGAGAAGGAGGACAAUAUAAACUGAUGCCUCAUAAUCCAAACGCCAGCCUCACUGAUCUUCUCAACACACCCCUCCCACCUGCUCCUACGCCAUCACCUGAACUCCACAGAAGACACCAGACAAAGGGGUCUUCAUCAUCAACAGAGAACAAUGAAGCUACAGGGGAGACCAAAUCAGUGCCUGAAAAAUCUGAAGGGGAAAAUGGCGAGAAAGCACAGAAAAAGAAAGAAGAGACGGUGAAACGGAAAUUCAGACAGCAUUACUGUAAAUCUGAUGAGCCUGAUCUGCAGGAGUCGGCCUUCUGGAAGAAGAUCAUCGCUUACCAACGCAAGCUGCUGAACUAUUUUGCACGAAAUUUCUACAACAUGAGAAUGUUGGCUUUGUUUGUGGCCUUUGCAAUCAACUUUAUUCUGCUGUUUUACAAGGUGUCCACAUCGUCAGCCGAAGGGAAGGAAGUGUUGUUCAGCACAUCCUCAGACACCAGCGUGCGGUGGGACCCGCUGGGCAGCUCAAGCAGUCGCCCCGUCACUGUGCACUUUGUCCUGGAGGAGAGCAGCGGGUACAUGGAGCCCACACUGAGGAUUCUGGCCAUUCUACACACCGUCAUCUCAUUCUUCUGUAUCAUCGGAUACUACUGCUUGAAGGUUCCUCUGGUGAUAUUUAAGCGUGAGAAGGAAGUGGCGAGAAAGCUGGAGUUUGACGGUCUUUACAUCACCGAACAGCCGUCAGAGGACGAUAUUAAAGGUCAAUGGGAUCGACUAGUCAUCAAUACACAGUCCUUCCCAAACAAUUACUGGGAUAAAUUUGUCAAGAGAAAGGUGAUGGAUAAAUAUGGAGAGUUUUAUGGCCAUGAUCGGAUCAGUGAGCUACUCGGGAUGGAUAAAGCAGCGCUGGACUUCAGUGACGCACACGAGAAAAAGAAACCAAAGAGGGACAGUUCACUAGCCGCAGUACUGAACUCGAUUGAUGUCAAGUAUCAGAUAUGGAAGUUGGGAGUCGUGUUCACAGACAACUCGUUCCUGUAUCUGGCCUGGUACAUGAGUAUGUCCAUUCUCGGCCACUACAAUAAUUUCUUCUUUGCCGCUCAUCUGUUGGACAUCGCCAUGGGCUUUAAAACACUUAGAACUAUUCUGUCUUCAGUCACACACAAUGGCAAACAGCUGGUCCUGACUGUAGGUCUGCUGGCGGUCGUCGUGUAUCUCUACACAGUUGUGGCUUUUAACUUCUUCCGUAAGUUCUACAAUAAGAGUGAAGAUGGAGAAUCACCGGAUAUGAAGUGUGACGACAUGCUGACGUGCUAUAUGUUCCACAUGUAUGUUGGCGUUCGCGCUGGCGGUGGAAUCGGCGAUCAAAUUGAGGAUCCGGCGGGUGACGAAUAUGAGAUCUAUCGCAUCAUCUUCGACAUCACCUUCUUCUUCUUUGUCAUCGUCAUCCUCCUCGCCAUCAUUCAGGGUCUGAUUAUUGAUGCAUUUGGUGAGCUGAGAGACCAACAAGAACAAGUGAAAGAAGACAUGGAGACCAAGUGUUUCAUCUGUGGAAUUGGAAAUGAUUAUUUCGACACGGUUCCUCAUGGCUUUGAGACGCACACGCUACAGGAACACAACCUGGCCAACUAUCUAUUUUUCUUUAUGUAUCUCAUCAAUAAAGAUGAAACGGAGCACACGGGCCAGGAGUCUUACGUUUGGAAAAUGUACCAGGAAAGAUGCUGGGAAUUCUUUCCUGCUGGUGACUGUUUCCGCAAACAAUAUGAGGAUCAGCUCAAUUAAACACAAUCGCUUACACACAUACACACACACAAACACAUACUUUAGAGGACAAUUCUGUGUGAGACACAGUAAAUAUGAACUUUAUAUCUGCACCUGAGGAGAGACACGAGGAGAGACUUGAUUCUGGCUCUUCAAUGCUUCUUCAUCUCAUUUAUUAAAUUAACAAAGACUAAUUCAAGUGGAGGGGAUGCAGGGAAUGAGGAAUGACAUGGACUAUCCCAGCACUGCACACCAGAUGAAAACAGCCUGUCUGUGGGACAGAAUUCUGGAAGUUUCUUGUGACGGGGAUACAGUGCCUUACCGCGGGAAAGAGGAGCUAUGCAAGACAAGAUAAAGAUGAGCGAGAGAGCGAGCGCUUGUACCCCUCAGGACUAACGUUGGGUUCAUAUUCUCCCGUUUGUUUUCCGUUUAUUUUGGUAAUGCACCCAUGCAAAUGCAGAGUUACUCUUUAUAUACGACUUCUCUUAAAGAUGUUUCAUUGCAUGUUUAUUAUGCAAGUUUAAGAAAAACAAUUGAAAACUUAAAGACGCUAGCUGAUCUACAUCACCGCAGUUUUAUAGGUUUAAGAAUAUUUAAGGUAUCUCUGUACUAUCCAAGUAUGUCAUGAGCUUUCCCGCCAUUUGCCAAGAUUGCACUCCAAUGGAGCGGUUCACCCGUGGAAAACAAUACAUUCAUCCUAGAUUUAGUUUGAUGCAGAAGCAAUACCCAUUCAGGGAGUCCACCCUACACCCUACGGCGACGGGGGAGCGACACUGACGUUCAUAAGGAGUUCAACUCGAGCUUUAUAACUACAGAACUGCUACACAAGCACAUCACGCACAGACCGCGGACAGUUUACGAGUUCUGCCGAAUUGUCGGUGUGUUAUGACGGACAUUUGCCAUCAUUCAUGAAAUCACUGCACUUUCUUUCAUAGCCAUGACAAAGAAACAACGCUUUUCUUAUUUGUUAUACGAAACAAUGUGAAAUCAUUGCAAUAACAACAAAUGGGCUAAAAAAAAAUAUAUAUAUAUAUAUAUAUAAAUAUCUGCAACUAUGUGAGAGACAUUUUACUCAUGUAAAGAAUUUUGAUAACAAAAAAAACCUCAUCUGUCAGAAUUUAGUGUACCGUGUAGAGUCGUGAGCAUAUAACUGUGUUUGAUCUGUAAAGGGAAGUCAAAGACUUGCAUGAUUUUGAAAAAUAAAAUGAUUAUUUAUUAAUGCUUA